AUGAAACAGAACUGGCAGAGCUCUAACUUCCUUGUCUCCUCCAGUGAGAAUGUGAAGAUGUCUGAAAGACAACAGAGCAGAUCGAGUGCGGGAACAGAAAACUUGAAUGAGAAACCGAAUCACUUGGAUAUGUUCCGGUGGAAAGCCAUUCAGGUUGACGAGCGCUCUCCCCGCCAGCUGUUCACGAAAGCCAAACUUGCACGAAAGAGGGCGCCCCUCUGCAGCCUGGGGGCCAAUGUCCUGCUCCCUCCGAGGGCUGAGGCGCCCCUGACCUCGGCUCUGGGCUCGCCUCUGGCUGCGACCUCCUUCAGCCACCCCUCCGCCGCCGCCCUGCCCGGACGCUCUCCCGCCGAGCCGGCCCUUCAGUGCGCGGUGUGCGAGCGGCUGUUCAGCGGACCCAAGAGGCGCUUCCUGCUGGAGAGGCACGCCAGGACGCACACGGGCGAGCGCCCCUUCCGCUGCCCCUUCUGCCCGCUGCGCUUCAGCCAGAGCGGCAACCUGGCCCGCCACGCGCGCCGCGUCCACCACCAGCCGGCCGCGUGA